CGCAAUCUUUUCAAAAGCGUCCGUUUUUCAACAUCUAAAAAUUAGUUUUCGUUUUGUAUGUUAAAAUAAAAUGUUAGAAUUACAAGGCAGUAUUGCAGUUAACGAAAAUGAAUUAAAUUUAGACUUAACAUUAUUAGGAGGUCAAAGUUUUAGAUGGGAAAAGUUGCAGAUUACAGAUAAUGAAAACUUGUGGAAAGGUGUCGCCUGUAAUGCCUAUUGGGAGCUGAAGCAAGAUACGAAGAAUUUGCAUUACAAGGUUUAUUCGGAACCAUUGAGCACCAAACAUGACAACGUGUUUUAUGAGAAUUUGUUAAAACGGUAUUUUCGACUGGAUUUCAACUUGAACAAAAACGUGACACAGUGGCGUAAGUCGCACCCACAUUUUCAUGAAAUUUCGGGCAAUUUAAAAGCAGUACGUGUAUUGGAUCAAGAACCAUUGGAAAAUAUUCUCUCAUUUAUAUGCAGUCAAAACAACAACAUCAAAAGAAUUUCAACAAUGAUAAACUGGCUUUGCUCAAAUUAUGGCAAUAAAAUCGGCAACUUCCAUUCAAAAGAUGAAUACUCAUUUCCUACACUGGAAUCCUUAAUCAAACACCAAAAUGAGCUGGAAUCGAGAUUACGUUCUGCCAAAUUUGGAUACCGUGCCAAAUUUAUAGCUCAAUCUGUAAUGAAAAUUAAUGAAUUUGGUGGUUAUGAUUGGUUUGAAAAACUGCGAACGCUUCCCUAUAAUGAAGCCCGCAUCGAACUUGCAAAGGUACCUGGCAUAGGUUUUAAAGUAGCCGAUUGUAUUUGUCUAAUGUCUUUGAAUCACUUGGAAUCAGUGCCCAUUGAUACACACAUUUUUAAAAUAGCUCAGAGUGUGUAUAUGCCACAACUUCGUGCAGUUAAAGCAGUCACACCAAAAAUUUACGAAGAGAUAGCCGAAAAAUUUCGUCAGAUAUAUGGAGCGUACGCGGGCUGGACUCAGGCGGUUCUAUUUUGCUCCGAACUACGACAAUUUCAAACCGAUCAACAAACUGAAAAAUCACCAACGAAACCCAAAAAGAAACGUAACAAAUGAAAGGAAAUUAUCAACACGUAAGUUUAUAUAUAUUUUUUUAAUUACGUUUAAUUGUUAAACAGCGUAAUAUUCGUCAUUCUUACUUUUACUUAAAUAUUUUGUUAACAUUCGUUUAC